ACUGCAGACAUACUACAGGAGAUGACCAGAGACUGCGCACAUACUACAGGAGAUGACCAGAGACUGCGGACAUAGUACAGGAGAUGACCAGUGACUGCAGACAUACUACAGGAGAUGACCAGAGACUGCGCACAUACUACAGGAGAUGACCAGAGACUGCGGACAUAGUACAGGUGAUGACCAGAGACUGCGGACACAGUACAGGAGAUGGCCAGAGACUGCGGACACAGUACAGGAGAUGACCAAAGACUGCGGACACAGUACAGGAGAUGACCAGAGACUGCGGACACAGUACAGGAGAUGGCCAGAGACUGCGGACACAGUACAGGAGAUGACCAAAGACUGCGGA